AAAGGAAUCUACUAGCGCUCUAUAAGGGCGAGCCGCACGGCACCACCAAUCCACCACUGAUCAUACUAGCACAGAGCGCCGCCGCCGAGGAGAGUCCAAUCGAGAAGAAGGGAGGAGAGGCAAGCGGAGAGGAAGAAGAAGAAGAAGAGAGGAUGGGCUUCGAGAAGACGAUCCUGAAAGCCGGCACCGGUCCCAAGCCCGUCAAGGGCCAGAAGGUCACCGUCCACUGCACCGGCUUCGGGAAAGAUAAUGAUCUCGCUAAGAAGUUUUGGAGCACAAAGGACGCAGGCCAGGAGCCAUUCAGUUUCAAUAUAGGCCAGGGUUCGGUGAUCAAAGGAUGGGACGAGGGAGUUAUGACCAUGCAAGUGGGUGAAGUUGCUCGUAUUCAGUGCACCCCGGAUUAUGCGUAUGGAGCUAGUGGGUUUCCGGCCUGGGGAAUUCGACCAAACUCAGUGCUGGUGUUCGAGAUUGAGGUUCUUAGCGCCCAGUAAACGCAUCAUGUAAUUCCGGAUGGAUCUAAAAUUCCAUGAGUACUGAAAUAAUUGUAACGUCACAACACUGCUGCGUGCUACCGCUGGAAUGUUCUAUGUUAUUGACCAAGUAACGUUACACCAUCGUCUAUGGACACGAUAAUAAGUUUCGGGCCGUACAUUUUCGUAUUACUUUUGCUGAA